AGAUCCGAACAUGUGAUCUACUUGAUACCAUAAAUCAGGCAUAAAUACAUGGCGUUAUAUACUACUGAUUCUGUAACGUGAGUAGUUCAACUCUCCUCAUACGAACCAGUAGUGUUGCCUAGUCAGGUGGAAGUGGCUGUAACCACCCAAUAACUGUUUCAAUGAUUUGCAGAUGAGCUCAUCGCCCGACCUACUCAUUUCGACUCAGCUCAGAGAACCGAAUUCUAGUGACAGAAGACAAGGGCCAGGCAACAGAUCAUUUAUUCAGAAAAUGAAGAGAUAUUUAUAUAUAUUUUAUAUACAUCACUGUCAGCAGAGAAGCAACCUCUUCUGAUUGGUUGUUUUCUUGCUGAGGGUUAUUUCUGUUAUCUCUUCGUUGCAGUUUCUCAGAAAAUCAAGCCAUAUAUCUGCGAACCCCAUUUCCACACCUUAACCCCGCUGUGAUUGGCUACUGAGUUCUUCAAGGUCAAGUUUUAUUAUUGUCUUUCUCAUGACCCUGAUUCGGGACGUGAACAUUAACGAAAAAUUGUUGUCUACAAUCUUGGCUUGUAGCUGGACCUCACCGCAAUUCAAAAAUGUAGACGUUCAAGUUCUUCUGUGCUAGAACCAUUAGAAGAUAUGGUCACUUGUCCAAUUGAUUUAAAUUUUCUAGAUGAUCCAAGAUUAUUACCAUGUGGUCAUGCAUUCUGUUGUAAAUGUUUAAAUAAUUAUAUGGAAAAGCUUCCAUCAUCAAAUCAUGGGAAUUCAGUGAAUUCAGCGCAUGGUCAUCAUAAUAAUAUUACAAAUAAUAAUAAUAAUCAUAACUCAUAUACUGCUAACCAUAGUAAUGAUUUAAAAGAAAGUGGGAACGCUUUCCCGUGUCCAAUAUGUCGAGCAUUAUGCCCUAUUCCAGUGACACGUAAAGCGGAUUCAUUUCCAAGUGCUUUUAAUCAUAAAGCAAUUUUAGAAUUUUUAAAAAAUAAUCAUAUCAAUAGUUUCGUUUCACGUAUGAAUAAUAAUAAUAAUGAUAGUAAUGAGACGACGGGUACAUCAACUGAUCCAAUGAAUAAAACACCACCAUCAGGUCGUAAAACUUCAAUACAAGUUAGUUCUAGAAUGUUGAACUACAUCGUCGAUGAUAUUGCCUCGAAACAAAGAGCUGGACGAAUGAAUGCCUUAGAUCGAGCUGUUAUCAUGGAUGAAGUGAAUAAACUUUUGGUGAAUUUACAACCAGGUGUUGAUACAUCUUCACCAAUGUCCACUUUGAAUCCCCAUCAUCAUCCGUUAAAUGUGAAUAUAUCAAAUUCAUUAGAGAAAAAUGUGAAUACUACUCAUAACAGUAGUAAUGGUAAUGCUUGUAAUGGUGGAUUGUCACCACUCACCGCCAAUAAUAAUAAUCCAACUGUAAAUACAAGCAUUACUAGUAAUCAAAGUAAUCCAAGGUCUAGUACACCAUCGACUAUUUCACCAACAAAUUCAAUACGUCAUUUAGGCAGAUUUUAUGCUGCAGCAUCACGUAUCCGCAGGAUAACGCUUACUUCAGUAUCUAGUGAUUUUGUUCAGCUGGAUAAUCCAUCUUAUGUAUUAUAUCGUGAUGCUGAAGGUCUACGUAUCAUGAUGGAGCGUAAUUCAAAAUUUCAUGUUCUCAGUAAAGGUAAAGAUUGUUGUAUUAUGCGACCUGGUGAAAGCUAUCAGCCGAUUGAUAUGCAAAUAUUACCACCAAGUAAUAGUGGUGGAGGAGAGAAUUCAAGCCUACAGAGAUGUACCCUGACAACAAAUACAAAUCGUGAUGAAUUAGUCCUGUGGCGACAACAAUUACACUUGGAUAAUGAUCUAUUCAGCUUGCAUCAUUCAUCAUCCAGUCAUCAUCAUAAUCAUCAUAGUAAACAUGGGCUAAAUCAAAUUAGUAGUCAAAUAAUUGUGGAUAAUUCAAAUCCUAUAAAAAUUCAAUUUUUACGCUUUUAUGGUUCACUUAUCUAUUUGAGUGGAAUUAUUACGCUGAAUACAUCGAAUGCAUCUACUGAAGGUGAGAAUGGUAACGGUGAUGAUGAUAUAGAAAGAUCAGAGUUUGGUAUUCUUGUAUGUUGUACAAUUUCUGAUGACAUGCAUCGUAACACUACUGCCAGUACUACUACUACUACUACUACUACUACUACUAACCCUUCAACGAAUGGUUCCAAUAAUCAUAAAGAUAACCAUGAAUCGAAUCCACAGCAACAGCACAACCAUCAGCAGCCUACAUCGAAUCCAUUCCCAAUUAUAGCCACAUCCAGUUUAUUUUAUCGUGAUUCUGUUGGCUUAGAAAGACAAAAUCAACCAAUUAUCUUCGGGAUAGAUAUUGAUCAUUCAAAUGGUGAUAUUUAUAUUGCUCAACCAGCGAAUGCAAUGAUUUGUCGUUUAAAAUGUAAUGAUUUAACUCGAAUAGAUCGUACAUGGUAUUUAAAUGAUCCACAAUUAUCACCCUACUUUUUAUGUUAUGCUAAAAAUGAACAAAGUGUAUGGGCUACAUGUCCGACAGAAGAUAAAGUAUUAAUUUUAGACAUUGAAGUAGAUAGCUACUUUCAUUUUACACCGAGUGUUUCAUUUGGUAUUGUUCCAGGGCACAUCAUAUACACAUCAGAUAAUCGAAUUAUUUUGUUAGAUCAAUCCAAUUAUGAUUUGUAUUGGAUAACAAAAAUAGAAAAAGCUAUUUGUGUUCAACGUCUCACUUUUCAAAUUGUCAGUCAUCAAGCAAAAAAAUGUCAAAUUAUGGCUAUCCAACCAGUGUAUAAUGAUGACAUGAAUACUAGUCAAUGGGCUUAUUAUUCUUUAACUAGUCGUCAACUGUCACCUACAGACUAUAAUAACAAUAUGAAUAGUAAUGGUAAUCAUAAUAAUAAUAAUACCAAUCACCAUAAUAAUGACGAGAAUAACAAGUCGAAAUUGUUUACAAAAUCUUCAUCAUCAAUAGCUGCUUCAAUUCAUAAACUACGCGGUGGUAUUGUCUGUGCUCAUAAUUAUGGAUGUUCUGUAAUUUAUCCACAAAAGUUAUUCUCACGUUAUAAAUUUAAUAAAAUGUCAUCUUGCUUAAAUUUAUGCGGUAAACUGUAACAACACUUUAUUAUUGACAUGUUCAGUAUAUUUAUUCACUUGUUUGGUUUGAUUUGUUUAUCUGAAGUGACAUGACAACAGACAAAGCGCCAUAUUUAUAUUUGAAUCUUUAAUGAACUAUCAGAAAUAUUAAUUAUAAUAACAAGGGAAAAAGCAUGAAACUACUAUUGCAUUUAUGUUGUGAAAAGAAAUUUAAUUUUUGUGUAAAUUAAUUUUUUUUAUUUUGUUUGAAUGUGUGAGUGUGCGUGUGCGCGCGCAAAUUUGAUUUCACCGUUACAUGUAACACUUGACUAAUCUUAUCUAUCUAAUACAUUCAUACAAAUACGAGAAUGUAUACAUGUAUGUGUGUAUGUAUUUUUCUGCUUUAUAUUUCACUGCCUUUCAUUCGCUUUAACACACUCCCGUCUCUUUUGUCUCUCAAUUAUGGUGCAUUAAUACAACAAAACAGAUUUUGUUUUGAUUUUUAAUUAUAUAUAUAGUAUAUAGUGGUUGUACUUAUUUUCAUUUUGUCUAUUUGGUUUCUUUUCACAUUAUUUUCUCUCGUUCUGCUGUUGUUGAUCGUGAUUUCGCUUUUUUUUUUAAAAUUUAUUUAUUCAACUAAGCAAAGAAGAUCAAUGAGAACAAUUACACUUUAAUGCAUACUGUUAUUAUUGUUAUUGUCAUUUCUCAUCAUUACUUAAAUCGAAUUUACAAUCAAAAAAACGAAGAUAAAUCUAAGACUUUUUUUUACAUUGAUAUGAUUAAAUGUCUGCCGGACAGCUUUAUUUCAUCUAUUCACACACAUGCAUCUUUCCGUCUAUCCAUGUGUUUUCAGGCUUUUAAAACUGUGUUUUAUUUAUUUCAUUUCGUAUACAACACAACAUAAAAUGAAAGAAAACUAGUUUGAAAACGCUGGACUUUUUGAUUUAUAGGAGAAGAAGUUUACGCCUCUUUUUUUGGUGGGGGGGGGGCGCGGGGAGGAUACUCAAUUUCAAGUGGAAAUGUGACUUAGUCAGUAAAGAAACUACUUGGCUUUUAGUAAUUUUGGGUUCCUGGUUGGUAAUCAGUCAUAAUAAUGUGUAAGUAAGUAAGUAAGUCAUUUAUACUAUAUUGAAAGGUCUGUGAGCGUAUAGGAGUGUGUAACAGCAGUAAGGUGUUUCUCUUAGAUAACUAAAAACUCGUUCUGCUACCUCUUAGCUGUGUUUAUUGGCGGUCUGCUUAAAUUUGGACUACGGAAAAAUCCCAUCAGGAUUUCAGAGAUAUUUUCUCCCACUCAGUUUGUUUAAAUCUGAUAAAAAUAUAACCUUGAAUUAUGUUUUAUACUCUGGCGAGUAUUUAGUGUGUUUACAACCUGCUGAUUCGCAAGUUUCUAGUUAUCGUGAGUGAAAAGUAAACUAAGUCGUCGGUUAGGGUGUAUUGCAAUGCAAGAGAUAGAUAGCUGGGUUCUUGAGUUGCAUAUUUGGUUCACAGAAUGGAUUCCUGAAACAUUUCUAAUUGCCAUUCAACCAAAUUACCACCAAACACAGAUUUGCCGAAGAAGUCAAAGGAGAGACAUCAUAAUUUCUUGAUAUACACCUCAUGUCAGAUAGAAGUGUUUCACUUGGUCCACCAUCACGUGAUAUUUGAUUUGAACAUCCUGCCUGGAUGAAGCGAAAAUAUCAUGCAAUAAACUGUGCUGAAAAUUUUGCACAAUAUGUAUUCCAGAGCGAGGUCAUUCAGCCCCCCACACGUGAUGUAUCCUUCAAAGUCAUCUACACGACUAAAUCCAAUCACUCCGAAGGCUUAUGUUUUCUCCACUUAUGCAUAGCUAGCCGAAGCUCUAGCAAAACAUGGAUAAAAACCUAAAUUAUUUAUUCAAAAAUGUUUUGUCAAACGCCUUUCUUUACAUUGGUUAUAGUGAUGCUCUUUCAUUUUAUUCUAUUUUACCACUUGGAUUCAUUCCACAUCACCGUCUUUGUUGUUAUCAUCAUUGUAGUGUUAUUUUUUUUAGACAACACUCAACCUACAAUUUUUAAAUUUUUAUACCAGUUCACCUAUGUAAUAAUCUUUAAAAGUUUUGUAAUUCAUCCACUUCAACUCUACCCCUUUAGUAUACCAUUUUAAUUAUCUUUAUUGUCAUCAAAUGUGCAAUAUUGACUGAGCGAUUUCUAGUGCCACUUAAUGCAUUCUUUUCCCAUAAAUAUUAUAAAUACGACUGUACAGUUGCUUGAAAAUGAAGUCGUUGAAAAGAAGGAAAUAUUUCUUCGCUGAACCAAAAAAACUGCGAUUUUCCAUAUGAAGUAAUGGAUAUAUUUCACGAAAAUAUUAAAGCCUUACAUUGAAAUGCUAAUAGGAAAAAGUUAUUCGCAAUCUGCCUUUUUUUUUAAAUCUUCAUUUCAUAUUUUCCAUCUGGUUUCAUAAUCAUCUUCAUUGCUUCUCUUUGUCAUUUUAAAAUCUAUUAUUCAACAUUCCUACAGAAGACAUCGCUAAUAUGUUACUUACAAAAUCUACU